UUUUCAUAGAAUACAUCGUGACUUUUACCCUUUCUCUUUUUAAAUGUCAUUGCUCAAGAGAUGCAGCAUUGCAAGAAGCUGUUAUUCCACCUGCUCCAGUGUAUACAGCAAACCAGUUGAUAAUAGACCUAUCGGGUACUUGAAACUACCUGGCCUAGUUCCUUAUGAAAAGGGACUUCAAUUGCAGUCAUAUCUUGUAGCCAGACGACACCGUAUUAAUCAAGAGAAUGCUAAUGUUCCAGUCGCCGACGUCAUUUGCUUACUAGAACAUACACCCACAUUUACUGCUGGUAGACGAAUGCGUGGUAAGACUGAUAUGGAAGAAGAGAAAAGGUUAAGAGCUUUGGGGGCAGAUUAUUUUGAGACCAUGAGAGGUGGGCAAGUGACGUUUCAUGGACCAGGGCAGCUUGUUGCCUAUCCGAUAUUAGAUAUAAGAGGUUAUAAGUUGAAUGUUAGAUGUUAUGUUUCUAGGUUAGAGAAAACAAUCAUUGAUUGUUGUGCUAAAUACGGAAUUAAAGCCAAUACGACAGAAAAUACAGGCGUAUGGGUUGGGCAUGACGACAAGAUUGCGUCCUUGGGAGUUCAGCUACAGCGCUAUGUGAGCAGUCAUGGGGUGUCAUUGAACUGUAAUAUUGACUUGAAUUGGUUCGAUCACAUCGUGCCGUGUGGACUGGCCGAUAAGCGGGCUACUUCUAUCUCUAAAGAAAAGAACCAAAAUAUUUCACCUGAUCAAGUGGUACCAAAGCUCGUUGAAAGCUUUGAAUCAUUAUUUCAAAAAGAGUUAAUUCCUAUUGAAAUAGAGGAUGUACUAACUAAACAGGAACAAAUUGAAUUUUCUUUAUUGCAUUAAAUACGACUCCAUGUUAUUUUGGCUCCAUUCAUUACUACUAUUACUACUACUAUUGUUAUUAUUGUUAUUCUUACUGUUAUCUGUGGUAUGGUUGCCGUUUGAAUAAAGAUUAAAAUUGAGUAUGUCAUUAUUCCAUGG